UCGGGGACCGGCUUUACGGAUACACAGACCGUCCGCUCCUCCCUCACCCUGUCUGGGUGGUUCCGCUCUGUUUUCUCCAUUUCUCCGGCAUCAUUUCAGGAUCUUGACAGGAUGUUGACACCUUGCUGGAGUACAGUUCCAUGAGUGCUGGACAUGCUUUGCACGGCACCCUACUGGCCCAUAAUUUGUUUAAACCACAAAGGAAACUUAAAAUAUUGCCACCAUGACCGACUCCAAGUAUUUCACAACUAAUAAAAAAGGAGAGAUAUUCGAGCUGAAGGCUGAGCUGAAUAAUGAAAAGAAGGAGAAAAGGAAGGAAGCAGUUAAGAAAGUCAUUGCUGCUAUGACAGUUGGCAAGGAUGUGAGUUCACUCUUUCCAGAUGUGGUGAACUGUAUGCAGACUGACAACCUGGAGCUGAAGAAGCUGGUUUAUCUCUACCUCAUGAACUACGCCAAGAAUCAGCCUGACAUGGCUAUCAUGGCUGUCAACAGCUUUGUCAAGGAUUGUGAAGAUCCAAACCCCUUGAUCAGAGCUUUGGCAGUUCGUACAAUGGGCUGUAUCCGUGUGGACAAGAUAACAGAAUACCUAUGUGAGCCUCUCCGCAAGUGUCUGAAAGAUGAAGACCCGUAUGUCCGGAAAACAGCUGCUGUCUGUGUGGCCAAACUGCAUGACAUCAAUGCCCAAAUGGUAGAGGAUCAAGGCUUCCUGGAUUCACUGCGAGAUCUGAUUGCGGACUCAAACCCCAUGGUGGUUGCGAAUGCUGUGGCAGCUCUGUCUGAGAUUAGUGAAUCCCACCCCAACAGUAACCUGCUCGACCUCAAUCCUCAGAACAUUAAUAAACUCAUCACCGCUCUCAAUGAGUGCACUGAGUGGGGUCAGAUCUUCAUACUUGACUGCCUGUCAAACUACAACCCCAAGGAUGAGCGCGAGGCGCAGAGCAUCUGUGAGCGUGUGACUCCACGACUUUCUCAUGCUAACUCUGCAGUUGUCCUCUCAGCUGUCAAAGUGCUGAUGAAAUUUAUUGAGCUUCUUCCUAAGGACUCUGAAUAUUACAACACUAUUCUGAAGAAGCUGGCUCCUCCUCUUGUCACCUUGCUGUCUGGGGAACCAGAGGUCCAAUAUGUAGCUUUGAGAAAUAUCAACCUUAUUGUACAGAAGAGACCUGAAAUUCUGAAGCAGGAGAUAAAGGUGUUCUUUGUGAAAUACAAUGACCCAAUCUAUGUGAAACUGGAGAAACUGGACAUCAUGAUCCGUCUGGCCUCUCAGGCUAACAUCGCCCAGGUUCUGGCAGAGCUAAAGGAGUAUGCCACAGAGGUUGAUGUUGACUUUGUGCGGAAAGCAGUCCGUGCCAUUGGCCGCUGUGCCAUCAAAGUUGAGCAAUCUGCCGAACGUUGUGUCAGCACACUGCUUGACCUCAUCCAGACCAAGGUGAAUUAUGUCGUCCAGGAGGCAAUUGUGGUCAUAAGGGAUAUCUUCCGCAAGUAUCCCAACAAAUAUGAGAGCAUCAUUGCAACCUUGUGUGAGAACUUAGAUUCACUUGAUGAGCCAGAUGCACGGGCAGCCAUGAUCUGGAUUGUGGGUGAAUACGCAGAGAGAAUUGAUAAUGCUGAUGAACUGCUGGAAAGUUUCCUGGAUGGUUUCCAUGAUGAGAGUACCCAGGUGCAGCUGACCCUGCUUACGGCAAUUGUGAAAUUGUUUUUAAAGAAGCCGACAGAUACUCAGGAGCUGGUCCAACAGGUCCUCAGUCUGGCGACGCAGGAUUCUGAUAACCCUGAUCUCCGUGACCGUGGCUAUAUUUAUUGGCGCUUGCUGUCCACAGACCCUGUGGCUGCAAAAGAGGUGGUACUGUCUGAAAAGCCACUGAUUUCUGAGGAGACUGACUUGAUUGAACCAACCCUGCUGGAUGAGCUCAUCUGUCACAUCGGGUCGUUGGCAUCUGUUUACCACAAACCUCCAAAUGCAUUUGUGGAGGGGAGCCACGGGAUCCAUCGCAAGCACCUGCCAAUGCAACUCGGAGGAAUUGAGCCCGAUAGUCCAGUUGGGCCAACCCCUACAGCAAACAUGACUUUAGAGCAGCAGCCUCAAGUUAUUCCAUCUCAAGGUGACCUUCUGGGUGACCUCCUGAACCUUGACCUGGGUCCCCCUGUCAACGUCCCGCAGAUGUCUUCAAUGCAGAUGGGAGCUGUGGACCUCCUGGGAGGUGGAUUAGACAGUCUGCUUGGGGGAGAUCUUGGCGGGCCUACUGGUGGGAGUCCAGCGGUUGGUCAAAGCUUUAUACCUUCUUCAGUGCCCGCUACAUUUGGCCCGUCACCAACCCCUGCAGUGUCGAGCAGUGGCCUGAGUGAUCUGUUUGAACUCUCAACUGGAAUUGGAAUGGCAGCUGGAGGCUAUGUGGCUCCAAAAGCUGUAUGGUUACCUGCAGUGAAGGCCAAAGGCUUGGAGAUUGCUGGCACUUUUUCUCGAAGGCAGGGUCACAUUUACAUGGACAUGAGCUUCACAAACAAGGCCUUGCAGCACAUGAUUGACUUUGCCAUUCAAUUCAAUAAGAAUAGCUUUGGCGUGAUCCCCACAACUCCACUUCCAAUUCACACUCCAUUAAUGCCAAAUCAGAGCAUUGAGAUUUCCUUACCACUGAAUACCAUUGGCCCGGUGAUGAAAAUGGAACCACUGAAUAAUCUUCAGGUGGCUGUGAAAAACAACAUUGAUGUCUUCUAUUUCAGCUGUCUGAUUCCACUCAGUGUGCUGUUCGUGGAGGAUGGAAAAAUGGAGCGUCAGGUCUUCCUUGCUACGUGGAAAGACAUCCCCAACGAAAAUGAACUUCAGUUUCAGGUGAAAGACUGCCACCUAAAUGCAGACAUGGUAUCCAAUAAAUUGCAGAAUAGCAACGUGUUUACCAUUGCAAAGAGGAAUGUGGAGGGUCAGGACAUGUUGUACCAAUCCUUGAAGCUAACCAAUGGGAUCUGGAUGCUGGCAGAACUGCGCAUUCAACCUGGAAACCCCAACUACACGCUGUCUCUAAAAUGCAGAGCACCAGAGGUAUCACAUUAUGUCUACCAAGUCUAUGACACUCUUCUGAAAAACUGAAGAUCAGAAACCGUUCCCCAAUCGUAAUGGAAGUACCUGUCUUACUGCGCUCCAUAGAGCAAAUAUCGCUAUCAGUGCAUAUAUGAAAUGGAUUAUAAACAAAAUCUACAUUUGUUUUUUUAAUGGAAAUGCACUGAUUAAACGGUGAAGCCUACAAUUGUAUAUGUUUAACAGAAGGUGUCAAUCACAGUCUUUUUUGGUGCCAGAAAUUUGUGUUUCAUUGUUUGCUUUCUUUUUGAAAAAAACACUGUUCAGACCACUAUUUCAAGGUGAUGUUAUUCUAUCUGAUACAUUUGUUGUGUGCCAAGUUUGUUCUGUUUUAACAAUUGCUUUUAACUCUGUGUAUAAUUGGGCUAGGAAAUUCAGGAACCGUAUAAAUCCCCAUAGGAUACAUCAAGUGUGGGGUGGUGACCAAAAUGUUGUGUGUGUCUUAAAAGGAGGAGGAGGUAUGUUAAGGGGAAAGUAUGGAGACCUGAAGUAUUUAACCCCUGGAGUUGCUUUCCUCACUAAAUAAUUUGUUCUAUUGUUAAAGUUGCACUUAAUCACAUCUAUGUAAAAUAUCCUUUCAGAUGUCCGUACGUUUCUGCUGCCAAACUCUUACAGAUUCUCCAACAGUUUUGUAUUGGUAUUCCUACGAAGAAGCUACAGUUGCUUAUGUCAGCCAUCCAUGCUAAUCUGUGAUUGGGAUCCCUGUUGUCUUUAAGAGGUUGUUAUUUCUCAUUGAAACUGCUGACAUCUGACUUUUCCUGAAACUUUUUAGAUUGGAAUACUGUAUCACUGCUGAAACGUGAGGAAUUUUCCACUUAGGGUUGAGAGGCUGCAUCUUCAAAAGUGUCGCCAAUUUUAAGUGUUUUAUUUGCAGUUGUAAACCGCAUCGGACACCAUGCCUGCACUGUCCUCGUAAAAGGCUCCCAAUUUUUGUAGAUUAUUUGUAUUUGUUGCAAUUUUUCAGAUUUUUUUUAAAAUCCGUCACUGUUCUCAAUAAACUGUUUGUCAAAAUGAUGACAGUGGUGUGGUAAAACAGACGGCAGUGUCUUGCUGAAAUGCUAUUCACUACCUAUACCUCGGUGAUGCAUUGAGUGACUGACCUUUGUUAUCGCCAGCCUUUUCUUUGUAAUUGUAAUUUUUUUUUUCAGAUACAACACAUUGCAUGUUCACAUGCAAUGUAUAAGCAUAUAAAAUACUGAAUAAAGGGGAAUAAACCUUACAUAAUGUCUUGCUGACAAUCCGGGUUGGGGGCUAGUGAAUGGAAUUAGUCUUUCGGCAUAUCGCUGUAGCUGAUUGUUGUACCAAUAUCAAUAAGAUAUUUUUGGCUAAGCCUGUAAAUGACAGGUGGCUGGCCAAGUGUCCCUCUUUCCAGUGGUUGCCUAGUGAAUCAGGAAUAAGGAUCAUAUUUUAUGGAUUUCUCUUGAUUCAAACUCAGUGAACAUCUUAUUCUGUUUUCAGGCUAUAAUAGUUCCAUAGCCCGUUGAUCCCUAGUAACUGGAUGCUAGCAGGCUAUUGGCUGUCCAUAAGGUUGGCAAUUUUAAGAAUUGUCAUUAAGUAUUAUAUGACUAUUACACAUAAUCAAGUUUGAAACAAUCAGGGUGAUUGUAAUCUCUGCUGAUCACCAACAGCGUGUGUUGUAUUGGAACCUUACCUUCAGCAGUGCAAGCAUGUACCGUGCAUUGCAUUCAAUAACCUGAAAACCACAUAAUGGAAAACGUCAUAGCAGGUUCAUCUCCUACAGCAUUUUACUUAUGUCUGUGUAAAAGUAUUUCACAGUGGUUUGAACAAUUUCCUGCUUUAUUUUUGCUGUGUCUUUGUAACUACAGAGCCUUAGUUCGCUGUACAAUCAUCAAGAGUUCCUCGUGGCAUUAGAUGGAGCACUCAAGCAAAGUGGGGACUGAACAAAUACAGGCCACGUUAUCACUUAGUUCUCAGAGCUUACAAUGCUGUUUUAUGGUGGUGUACUUCAACAUGUAGAGUGCUUUCAAAUCUUUUCCUGAUCUCCAGUAAGAUAAUCUCCUGUUGUGGGAUGUCAGAAGGUACUGUCAGCACAAAGAUAAGUACCUUCCUGUAUAAUACCAACAGGAUUUAAUUCUAAAUAAUUCUAUUUACUUCUCCCGAUCUAUCCCACCCCACCAUAUCCCAAAUGAGCUACAAUCCUAGCUUUGAGUAGACACAUGAUACAUAUCUUUCACCUUGUUUUGUUAUCUUGGGUUAAAUGUUGAUUUGCUCAGGAGUGCGAUGCUGAUUUAUAGUCAAAAAUAUGUGUUCUGAGUAAAUCAGCAUUAGUACAAAUAACAGCAAUUUAGCACGUGUACUGUAUAGGUUUCCCUGUGACAAAAAAUUGCUGAUCUGCAGUAGAUGAUGAUUCUCAGUUGCUAAUCUGUCUGCAGUUUUAAACCAAGUUUAUUAUUUGAUGGAAAUUCCAUAGAUAAUUUGGAUUAAACCAACCAAAUUAUCCUGGAAAGAUCAAAAGUUGAGAGUAAGAGCAGUGUCCUCUUAGUCCACAACACACGACGCACAGUUCCUUCUCUCAGACACAGACACAGAUAACAAACAGAAGCUAGACAAUUCACAGGAAGAAAAAAAAUCUCAGCCACUAUAAACAGAACAAUCCUCAGCAAACGCUUCAAGUGGCUCAGUGAGUGUGACAAGUCGUCCUAGGGACUAGAGACAUAAAAUACAAGAAACAGGACUAGACCAUGCGGCCCAUGGAGCCUGCUCCACCAUUCAAUGCAAUCAUAGGUGAUCUUGAGCUUCAACUCGAUUUUUCCACCUGCUCCCCAUAUAUCUUAAUUCCCUGAGAGACCAAAAACCUGUCAAUCCCAGCCUUAAAUAUAUUCAACAAUGGAGCAUCCACAACCCUCUUGGGGUAGGGAAUUCCAAAGAUUCAAAACUAUUUGAAGUAAUUUCAUCUCAUCUCAGUCCUAAUGAUCAGCCCCUUAUCCAGAGGCUGUGCAUCCAUGUUUUAGUCUCCCCGACCAGUGGAAACAAUCCCUGUGUCUACCCUAUCAAGCCCCUUCAGAACUUUGUAGGUUUCAAUGGGAUCACCUCUCAUUUUUCUAAACCCCAGAGAAUAUGAGCCCAAGUUACUUAACCUCUCAUCACAGGACAACCCCACAUCUCAGUGACCAAUUCAGUAAACCUUCAGUGUACCACCUCCAAUGCAAGUAUAUCCUUUCUUAAAUGAGGAGACCAAAACUGCACACACUGCACCAGAUAUUGUCUCCCAAAACCCUGUGCAAUUGUAGUAAAAUGCCUUUAUUCUUGUAUUCGAUUCUCAUCUAUUGUGCUGGGCUAGCUAAUCUCAACCACAACACCCAGUAGAGGUUCCGUAAUUGGCACCAGCUUUCCUGACUAGGAUGAAGAUAUAUCAGAGUCCCCGAUCUCAAACACAUGCAGUGACUUUUGUUGGGAAAUAUGUAUGUGAGGCUGUCAGCUGAGAUGGGGAUGAACCAUAAAUACCCUGCCGGCACUCUGUUUAAGCUCCGCUGGAGAAGUGACUUGGAGAAGAAAUCAAUGGGGCUGGAACUUUAUUACAGCAGGACUCAGUACAUCCUGGAGAGAAGGGAAUUGGAUGGGCUUUAGAAACUUAUUUGUAUGCUGAGAUUUUUUACAUUCCAAUCAAAGGAUGAGCAAAUAGAUGCCCAAACAUUUAUUGAGGGAACUGAUGGUAUUUUCACAGUCUCUUAAGUUACACUUAUUUUGCAACAGGCCACAUAAAUUUACAGAUACAGGUAUUAUAGUAUAAUAGUUAAGUUACUAGACUAACAAUUUAGAGAUUUUGACUAAUAAUCAAAAGGUGAGUUCAAAUUUGCCAUGGCAGUUUGAGAUUUAGAAUUCAGCUUUUAAGAACUCUUAAAAAUCUGGAAAUAAAAGUUGGCUUAAUCAUAAAAGCUUGAGAGGUUAAUUUUGUUUAGAGAAAGAAAACUGGAGUCCUUAUCCAGUCUGGCCUAUUUGUGAUUUAUAACUAGCUUUUGAAGUGGCACAGCAAGCCAUUUUUACAAGUGAUGUAAAAAAUAUCCUUGCCUUUCAGAAUGUGGGAACAAAUUCCAUACAUAUAUUUUUAAACAACAGCAUUUUACUCUAAUGAAAUAUCUAGUGUGUUCAAACCAUUCCAGCUCACUACUCGUUAAUGCUUAAUCUGAUGCCAGCAUACUGCUGCUUGCUAUCAGUAUAUCUGUGUGCACAUACUAUGGUCUAUAACAACUGUAUUAAAAGUUAUUUCCUUCAGAUGACUUCUGGUGAGAAUUGUUUUGGUUGCCAUGUAGGGAGGGGUAAAAUGCUUAUGUGUUCUCAGUUUUGCAUUAUGGUGGGAAGGGAACACAACAAGUUUCUGCAAGGCUCAAAUCAAUCGGGUGCACCUCCUAAAGGAUGCCAUUGAUAUGGGGGUGGGGGAAGGUUUCUGCAUUGCCCCUGAACAGGAUUGAUGAAUGGCUUAAGAGUAAUGCAUUUUAGAUUCACUGUCCAGCCACAAAAGUGGAACUUGGGUGAAAGAUAAAAGCACUGUGCUAAAGUCAAUUUGUGCACAGUCACUGAGUGUGGAAGCUCAAUUGUUGAACAUUUUCACAAGACAGAAAUAGAUUUCUGGAGACCAAUGACAUCAAGAGAUAUGGGGUAAUGCAGGAAGGUGGUUUUGAAGUAGAUGAUCAGCCAUGAUCAAAUUGAAUGGCGGAGCAUGCUCAACAGGCUGAAUGGCCUACCCUUCAAUGAGUGGGUUGUUGUUUUGAAAGAAUAAAAAGCGCUUCCAGUUUAGUUUGGUUGGUGAUAUGUACCUUCCCCCAUUUCUGUGAGACUACUUAAUGAAGUUCUAUCCUCUCUCAAUACGUUCCAAAUAUAUUGUAUUGCUUGUCUGCUGUACUGGUGUGUGUAUAAAAAAAUAAUUAUUAUUUUCCAAAUUUAUCCAUAAUAUGUUAAUAUUAACAUGCCCUUGUGGCUCAGAUAUUAGAAUUCUGAUUUCCGAUAAAUUGGUAGAUCAUAUGCUCUUCUGAAUGUUACCAGAUUUGGUAAAGUUGAUACACUUAUAUGCCCAUUAAAAUCUGGCUUCCCGAAAA